UUGAUUGAUCAAAUGCGGCAAAACAAUGCGCCCGAAGGCCAGGACAUCUAUUUCCAAAGGAUGAUCAUCUUCACAGCAGCCCAUGCAAACACGAAGAGAACGUUUGCGGCUUUCACAUGAGCAACAAUUUAAUUGGAACACUGCAUCUAUUACGUGUAUAUUUGAGUACUUUCUCUUUCGGCAUCGCAUACGAAAACCAAGCAGUUCCAAUAAAAUCUUCGAAACGUUCACAUCUCGAAAAAUUAAAUUAAUACUUUGGUAUUAGCUAAAGUCAUGAAGACUACUUUGAUAUUUUUGGCGUUUUUCGGCGUCGCCUUUUGCGACGUGAUCCACAUCCUGGAGGAACCGACGACACCGGCUCCUCCACCUAAACCUUAUGCGUUCGGUUAUGCUGCUGGACGAUUCCCAGGACAUAUCGAUAGGACCCAUACCGAAAUCAGCGAUGGUCAUACCAUCCAAGGUGCGUAUUCGUACGUGGAUCCUUCUCACAAAAUCCGCACUGUCGAAUACAUCGCCGACAAGAACGGAUUCCAUCCGACGCUCAUCAACCCGGUUCCGUCCGAUCUUCCUAAAGACUCUGCCGCUGUAUCCGCUGCGAAGGAGAAGCAUCUCCAGCAGUUCAACACGAUCGCAGCCAAUCAUCAGGCCGGAUACAUUGCCAUUCCUCGCGACUCAGCUGCCGUGGCUCAUGCCAAGGAAGCACACCUGAACAGAUACAACGCCAUCGCCGAAGCCCACAGGGUCGUACCUGGUCAGGUUAUCGUUCCUCUCAACACUGCUGCAGUUCAAAGGGCGUCCGACAAACACCACAACCUGUUCGUGCAGAUCGCCGCCGAUCACGCCAGAAUCGCCGCAGAAAGGGAAGCUGAAAAACUCGCCGAAGAAGCCACAGCUCAGCCAAUUCACUAUUAAUUAUUGUUUACAGAUAUAUAAAUUA